AUGGCCAAUCACACUCACGAGGAAGACGAAGGUCUAGCGAACCGAUCCAUCAUUCUGGUAACCGGAACAAACAGCGGCCUCGGCUUCUCAAUAUGUUGCCGUCUCGUCGACGACUUCCUCAAAAACCCAACCAACAACCACCGCACCCUAACAGUGAUCUUCACCACGCGCAGCGCGCAAAAGGGCCAUGAAACCCUGCACCGACUCCAGCAGCACCUGCACAGCACCACGGCCACAAACCCCAAGCAAGCCCGCCGAAUAACCUUCACCCCCGAGACCGUCGACCUCUCGAACCUAGCCUCAACACGCACCUGCGCCCGCCGGAUAGACCGCACAUUCCCGAAACUCGAUGCCGUGAUCCUCAACGCCGGGAUAGGCGGAUGGACGGGGCUGAACUGGCCGCAGGCGAUCUGGGGCGUGUUAACGGACCUGGUGCACACGGUGUCGUGGCCGGCGUUCAAGAUCGCGCCCGUGGGGCAGCUCACCGCGCGGCAGACGAGUACUUUACCGGUGGGAGAGGAACCGCCGCUGGGGAAUGUCUUUUGCGCGAAUGUCUUCGGCCACUACAUGCUGGCGCACCAUUUGAUGCCGUUGCUCCAGCGGUGCUCCUCGCCCAGCAGCAGCAGCAGCAGCAGCAGCGACAGUGGCGGUAGCAGUCAAAGCAGGAUAAUCUGGGUCUCAAGCAUAGAAGCCACGCUCCGCCACUUCUCGGUCACCGAUCUCCAGGGCCUGCGCACAAAGGUCCCCUAUGAAUCCUCGAAAGCACUCACCGAUAUCCUAGCACUGACCGCCGACCUCCCCGCAACGAAACCCUGGACGAGUCGGUUCUAUUCUUUCUCCCCAUCGCCCCACAACCUCGAAGAAAGCGAAGAACGCGACGCACUUCCUCCCAAUGACACGCAUAACAGCAACAAACCCAACAUCUACGUCGCCCACCCCGGCGUCUGCGGCACCGCCAUCCUCCCGCUAGCAUUACCGCUCAUCUGGGCAAUGCAAGUGGCAUUCUGGCUAGCGCGCCUGCUGGGCUCGCCCUGGCACACGAUGUGGACGUACAUGGGCGCCAGCGCGCCCGUGUGGCUGGCGCUGAGCAGCCAAACCGAGCUGGACGCUGCCGAGGCGCCGUACCGUGCGCGCGGCGGCGGUCGCGUGAAGUGGGGGUCGUCGUGCGACCGGCUCGGGCGCGAUAGUGUGCUCUCUACGGAGAUGGAUGGCUGGGGCCACGGCGGUGUUGUUGGCCCUGCGGUCGUGGAGGCGGAUCGCCGCCGGCGGAGGAAGCGCGGGGCUCGCGAUCUUACGGCUGAGGAGCGCGUUGCGUUUGAGGAGCUCGGUCGGCGGUGCUGGCGUGAGAUGGAGGAGUUGCGCGUGCAGUGGGAGCGAAUUUUGGAUCGGGAGGAGCUCGAGAAGAAGCAGGGGCUGGAGGCCCCGGUCAAGGCCUGA